ACUCUUUAUAUAACGAAGAAGAAGAAGUAUUCACUUUCAUCGCCGGAAUAUUAUUAUUACGUAGAAUUUGCAUUUGCAUUAAAAAUUAUGGCCAAUGGACAAAAUAACGACGCGUGCAGCUUGUGCGAGAGAAUCGGCUUAAGGCCGCUCACCAGAGAAAACGUUUUCAACUACUACAUCCCACUGCACGGGCUGGUCAGCUACGGAGCCCUGUCGGUCAAUGUUAUGAACCCCCAGAUUAUUCCCAGGAUACUGCCGAAGAAGGAUCUUACUAAUGUGUUCCUGAUUUCGUCUGCUGUGGGCACGGCUUUCUACAUUUACGGCCGUCCUCACCUCAAGGACGUCAAGACGAACAAACGAGUGUCGUAUGCGGCCCUCGGUGGAGUUCUAUUCAGUAUGGGUUCUGUACUUGCCUGGGCGCUGCUAAAAUCUUCCCUUGCUGAGGAUAAUGCUCUUCUCGCCACCUUGGUUGGUCUGGGAACCGGCGCCGCCAUUGUCAAGGUUGGCACCGAAUACAUUAAAGAUGUCGAUUCUCUGAAGAAAAACUAAAGAAUGUGAACAGAUGUGGCCCGCAUAUUUGAAUAAAAUUAUACAUAAAUAAAUUAAUCUUGAAGAAC